GUCGAUUGGGCAGUACUCGAGUCGAAACCAGAAUUUGAAAAGAGAGGGAGAGAAAGGCAAGAAGAAACAGCCCUAUCUUUUUCUCAGAAUUCAACCAUCAAAAACCCGGCCCCACAGACCUCUGCCAGCAAAAGCAAACGAGAGCGCGUCAAUGGGGAAUUUCAGUGGGCCGGACGCGCCUGUACUUGCUGCACGUCGACACGUGAGCUGCGAGCGACGUUCCCAUGCCAAUUAAGCACGGACUCACCUACCCAAUACGUACCUCUCUCACACUCACAACCAACAUCAUCAAGCAAGCCUCACCAUUGACCAUACCAUAUCAUCACAUACUACAAUCCAAAUCUCAAAGAUCGCCCAAAAUGGCCACCCGCCGUAUCAUCUCCCAAGAAAAAACCCUCCUCGACCAGCCCGACCCAAACUCCCCCUCAUCCUCCUCCCCAGCUCAAAAGUCCAACAUCACCCCCGCCGUCCCCUCAGCCGUCAUCUUCAAGCUCCUCGCCUUCACACUCGCCAUGAUGGUCGUACCUAUCGGGUCUUACUUUGCCACCGUCAACACCCUGUUCAAAGGCAACUCAACCUACGCCGGCGGCCUCGCAGCCAUAAUGGCAAACGUAGUCCUCAUAGGCUACGUCCUUGUAGCCAUGGCAGAGGACCAGUCCGACCGUCUAGAAGAGGAGAAAAAGCAAAAGCACGAGGGGAAGAAGGAUCGUUGACCACUGUCUUUUUCAUUUCUUCUCGUCUCAACUAAAAAUUAUCUUGUCCAUAUUUUACCCCCAUACACACAGAUGGGACACGGUUCCUGCUACUUACUACCUACGAUAUGGUCUUUAAGAGGGGAUUGAGUGGCAAAGUUAUGGAAUGGGUGUGGCUAUUGAGUACCAGUAUUGAGGCAGAGAGGACUAGAUAGCCCGUGUGGCAUUAAUGCAUCAAUCAUGGGAUCAAAUGUCCAAACUGUAAACUAUAUUUGUCUCUAGUUUCAAUCACAUGACACAACAAAU